AUGCGAAUUUCAGAUGGAGAUCGAACGUCAUACUCCUUAUUAACUACGCUUCUCAGCGUAGGUAUUCUGUGUCAUCAAUAUGGACAAUAUCGAAGAGCAUUAGAAAUUUACUCUGAAUGUUUUGAAGGAUUAAGAAGCCACACAGGAUUUCACAGUCCUGAAAUUGCUAAAAUUCGACAAUUAAUGGAUGUUUUACAACACGAUAUUAGCUCUGCUAUUAAUCAAGGACCGAUUACAUCGGGGUCUGCGUUAGCUGGUUCUCUCACUCCUUAUGUUACAGAACCUAGACUAAAUUCUAAAACGGGUUUGCCAAUUUUUCAAGACACAAACUGUGAAAAAGUUUGUAUGGAACUAAAUCCGGGUGUAAUUGAAUUCUGCGAUGAAUUUAAAAUCCCGGUUCCUAAAGUUGACGAAGAUGGGAACGUUUUCGUAAUCGAUGAAUCUGUCGAAGGAGCUCCAGCAUAUUUGCCAGUUCUGGAUCCUAACACUAAUAAAGUUUUAGAAGGUAUUAACGGUAUUCCUAUCAUGGUUAUUUUACCAAUUAUCUUUGCCACUGAAGGGUGUGCUGAAAAAAAUUUUGCUCAUUACGACGUAGAAGAAAUCAAAAAUACGACUAAAAAUAAAACAUGGACUAACUUUGUUGACGAGAGAAAUUCCAUUCCACCAGUCAUCAAAUCAUUGUUUGUCGAAGACAGCAAUAAUACCACUUCUUCCGCUAAAUCGUUAGCAUCAAAUAAUCCUUCUCCUAGAACUGGUCAGAAGGAUACUACUAGAAAAGAUCUUUGCUUUUUACCUAGAAAAAAAAUAUUAAAAAAAUUGGCGGCAGCUUUGGAAACUAACGUAAAGAUUGGCACCUCGACUGACAUGCCAGCGAAGCAAUCUGAUCCUGUUAACAAGCCCGAUGUAUCAAACAAAGUUCAAAAUGCAUCAGCGGAAAGCAAUACAGGUAAAAUAGUAACAAAUAUGCUACGAGACGGGUUACCUAAUGAUUUAUCGAAUGAGUUCGAUACUUUGGAGUCGAAUAAAAAUAACAUAAACCUACUCGAUAAGUUAAAACAUAAAGAUGUUAAAAUAUUAGCGACAAAGUCUCUUAGCAAAACGGAAUCUGGUAAGAAAUCCCUUAUAAUGAAACGAAAAACUAUAGCUUUGAAAGAUAUAAUUACGAAGAGUUUUGAAUCUGCUGCUAAAAGAAACGUAGAUUCGCAAAAAUCUAGUGCUGAAAUUCUAAAAAAAAAAACUACUAGCAUUUUUGCUCCAAAUAACCAGCAAGACGGUUCAAAACCUCUUGCAAUGAACUCAGCUAGCACUAGAUUAACCAAAAAACCUUUAAUGAAAAACGAAAAAUCCAGUGCAAUUCGGUCAAAACCGUUAAUUAAGUCUCCUAUUGGCAAGCAUUCGUUAAACAGAAAAGCCCACUCGCAAACAGUUGUAGUAAAAAAAAUUAAUACUCCAAGUCAAAAAAAUAUUGAACCGCUAAUAAAAAGACCUGCUGAAAACCGAUUGUUGCCAUCUGGUAGUAAAGCAAGUACUGCCGUACCAAAAACAGAAUCUGUUCUUAUAAAAAAAAUGGACGUCGAUCGCAAUAGUUCAAUGAAAACUCCUCAGGUAGUGGGUAAAGAAAAAUUAUUAAAACCAUUAAAUAAAGCUGGAGUAUCGGUGAAACCAGUAAUAAAACUUGCAGCGAAAUCAGAGAUAGUCAAAAACGAGAAUUCGUUACUUAUGAAAAAUAGAUCUCUACCGAGCGGUAUAACAAAAGUUUUGGUUAAACCAAAUUUAGCUUUAUCGAAGCUUGAAUACGCGAAUGCAAAAAAGAUUAUUUCUCCUCGUUUGGUAAAUUCUAGCAAUAGUAAACCUCUUGUCACUACAUCUGCAGCUUAUUCUAUGCUUUUUAAAACUAAACGUUCUCAAGAGAUUAAAAUAGAUCCAGGUUUAUCAGGUAAUCCUUUGCCCAUAAAGAAAAACUUAAAAAUUGCAGAUACAAAAAAAAAAGUCACUGUGAAGUCAUUUGCUGCAAAAAUUCCUUCACCAAAUCUAGCGAAUAUAAAAAUAUCCGAAAAUAAUCGCCCAAUCAAAGCACUAAUGAAUUAUAAUCCCGCUGAAAAAGUUUCUAAAGCCGUAUUGGUUAAUGGUCUGAAGGCGGCUCGUGUUUUGGGGAAAAGAUUAUUAAAAAAACACUUAAAUCCUGCAAAUAUUACUAGUAACAAAAAACUUAUAAAUUCGCCGAAACUUUUAGGACCGUCAAAAAUAGCAAAAUUUUUACAGAAGAAAAGUUCAAUACCACCAAUGAAAAAAGUUGUUCAAGCACUUACAAACAACAAAGAAGAAAUAGCUGACAUUGGAGAAGGUUUAGCUAUGCUUGGAGCGCCGUUUGGGCUCAGUGGAACUGUGUUCGGUUCGCUACCCGCGUCUGGUCCAAAAGGUAUUGGAGGUUACGGAGCUGUAGGAGCUAACAUUCCAGUCGAGCUUACCGUACCGAUAGGUAUGCCUGGUAAAUUGACGAAAAAUAUUAAUUACAUCGAUAAAAACAAAAUACCAGGAUUUUCAGAUUUUAGUAGCGCUGUAGACUUUACAACACAGACUGGGCCUGAUGCAAUUACUAGCAAAAAUUUAGACAGUAUAUUCAAAAAAGGUCUAGGCGAAAAAGAUGAAAACGCCGAUAAUACCCAGACCAACGCUAUUACGGCCGAUGAGAUUCUUACUGCACAAAUACCUAACUUCGGAAAUUCUGAUUCAGAUGAAAUGGAUGAUUCAGAUGCUUCUGUGGACGAAGAAAUUAAAAAAAUCAUUCAGAGAGGUGGACUCAAUUAUUUGUCUACACUUGCGCUUCAAGAAGAUAAAGCUAUAUUUAAUACGCCGACUGAAUAUUCAGACUUGAUACAAAAAUUCUUAGAAAUUAAGUCUUCUGUUGCUAAAGAAAAGAAUCGUAAAUCUCAAAGAGUUGCUACUGGAGUAGGAGGCCUCGCUGGCUAUGAAGAUAUGGAUGAGUCGAGCGAUGGAUUGGAAAAAGGCGCCGCCGACUUAGCGGUUAAAAAAGAUGUUACAGCCACUAAGAAAGCUGAAACGCCAAAGAAAGCAUUUGCCAAAAAAACUUUCGCAGGAAAAUUAGGCAUUAAGAAAGCUCCGCCGCCACCACCUGUGAAAAAAGCCGGUAACAAAGAACUUGUGAUCAACAAAUCUAAGUUUCGUAAAAUUGCUUGGGAUCCAGUUGAAGAUCCGUCUGGUACAAUCUUUUGCACUGAUUUCGCUGAUUAUUUGAGGAAUUUGAAUUUGGGAGAGUUGGAGGAAUAUUUCGGUAAAAAAUCUAUGAAAACAGAUCUUGUGAACGAAAAACCUACAGAAGUCAAAUCUAUCAGUUUGUUAACUGAUAGAAAGCGUAGUCAGAAAAUUACCAUUAUUCUUUCAGGGUUCAACAAUUAUACUUUUGCAGAACUGAGAGAUAUAAUUAUGAAUCUGGAUGAUGACAAAUUGUCUUUAGAAGAAGCUGAAAAACUUGUCAAUAUCGCACCAACUCCGGAAGAAACAGCGCUUAUAACGGACUAUAUUAGAGCUGGAAAAGAUGUGACUAAACUAGAAAAGCCUGAGCAGUUUAUCGCAAGUUUGUCUACGGUACGAAAAAUAAAACCUCGGCUGGAGGCUUUUGUUUUCAUCAAAACAUUUCGACAAAACGUCAUGGAUAUCAAUAUCAUGCUUACUACUUUCUCAGAUGCUUGCAUGGUAAUUCAAAGUUCUAAACGCCUCAAGAAACUUAUCGCAGCAAUAUUGAAGAUAGGUAAUAUUUUAAAUCAAUCUAAUGCGCUAGGAUUCAAGAUAAAUAUUUUAUCUAAACUUGAAGAUUUCAAAACUACUACCAAGCCUGUACGUACAUUUGUCCAAUAUCUAGUAGAUAUUUUUUACGACAGAGACAGAGAUACCUUGGAACUCAUGGGGGAGUUCUCUUCGCUACAGCAGUUAAAACAUUUUGAGAUGAAUAAUGUUGAAGGUCUGAUCACUCAAGCCAAAUCAGAGUUUGAAAAAUAUCACGAUUUAUUAAACACUAUAAUUAAAGAAAACGAGAGCCAAGCCGUUCCAGAUCCUCUUGAAAAUAUUUUACGAAGAUUUUACGCACUGAACGAGCGAGCAAUUAAUGAUCUAGAAGCACUGCUGUAUAACACUAAAGAGAACUAUUAUAAUACAGUAAAAAUGUUUGGUGAAACUGAUAAAACAAUCGCACAAAUUAAACCUAGUGUUUUCCUGAAUGAAUUUUUAAGUUUUGUGAAGGUUAUCGAUGCGCGUUAUAGAGAAAAAGAAAAAAAUAUGUUAAAAGCUGCUAAACGAGCUAAAGUGCAGCCAAAUCAAAAGAUAAUUGCUACGUAG